UUGCAUUUUGUUUGGGAUCUGAACAAGUUAUCCAGUGGAAAGUGAGCACUUAUACUGACAGUCAUUUUGACUGGCAAUUUAAUAAUACGCCUCUCAGUAAAAAGUGACUAGUUAAAAUUACUUGAAACCUUUACUUUUUAGAAGAUUCUGACUUGCUCUUGUUGUUUCGAAUAAUUGCUGCAAUCACGGAAAUCGCACAAAAUCAGCUGAUAGUAUAAGAGAUGAGUUUAGGAAUAUUUUGAUGGCUAAAGUGGAUGUCACCAAGUGGAGUUGAUUUUCCAAAGAAGCAACUGACAGAUGCUGACCCUAAGCACCGUCUGCAGUGUGUGUAUGACUGAAUUGGAACGUGUAUGUCAAAUACAUUGCAAACUAAGCAAUGCCAAAGUGUUAUUAUCUGGGAGAAACAAAUACCCUUCAUUCUGUCACUUUUGAUUAGACGUGAAGCUAGAUGAACUAAUUUGUUUUUGGCAAUGAAAUCUUUAAUGGCCUAACUCAUAAUCACAAGAUGGAAACACUACCAGUUGUAGUACCUCACCUUGGCAUGCUCAGAAGUAAACAGAACACACAGUGAAACAGGCUCUUACUAUCUGCCUCAUGAUGAUUUAAAAGACAAACCUGACAGUUAUGCUCAUGAUAAUUAGAAAACAGUCUUCACUGAAACUCGAGGUGAUUUGAUGGUCUCCACAGAUCUGAAGGAAUGGAUUGUCAAUGCAUGCAGUACAGUGGAAAAAUCCCAAGUUCAUGUCUUGCUUACCUGUUAACGCUCAAACUGUACUAAGGUGGAGUGAACCAGUUUAUGCAGAAGAGGCACAGUAUGGCCCAGUCGUCUAAAAUUCAGAUGUCAUCAGAUGAAGAAAGAGAUGACAUGGUCCAGACCUGUGAUACAUGUUUUGAAGAGGAAGAUGAUGGCGAGCCUAAAAUCUGCAAAGUUUGUGGAGACAGGGCCACAGGCUACCAUUUUAAUGUCAUGACAUGUGAAGGAUGUAAAGGGUUUUUCAGGCGUGCCAUGAAAAAAAGUAUUCACUUUAGCUGUCCAUUCCAAAAUGCAUGUAUAAUCACCAAAAAUAAUCGACGGCAGUGCCAGGCCUGCCGGCUGAAAAAGUGUCUAAACAUAGGGAUGCGCAAAGAGUUAAUAAUGUCAGAUGAAGCUGUGGAACACAGGCGAUCACUAAUUAAGAAGAAAAAACAGGGUCAAGAAGAACAGCUAACUUCAGAGGAGCCUAUUCUAACACCAGAACAGGAGGAACUUAUCAGCGAAAUCCUAGCGGCUCACAGGAAGACAUUUGAUGUUACCUUCUCAAGUUUCAACCAGUUCAGGCCAAUAAACAGAUCAUCUUCGCUUUCAAUGGAAACCAAUGAACCCUCUUUGAGUCUUAGUACAGAGGCUUAUGGCAGUGUCAGCGACAACUGUGACAAAAGUGAUACCCUUGUGCAGAGGACAAACCUUGAAAAGUUAAGUCUUACCUGCCACCACAACAACAAUGCUAGAGAAAAAGACAAGACGAAGAACAGUGCAGGCCAGGACUGUCAACAUAAUCACACAGAUUCUGUUUUCUCCAUGCUACCUCAUGUGGCAGACCUGUCUACUUACAUGAUCAAAGGAAUAAUAAACUUUGCCAAACAAAUACAUUUAUUCCGGUCAUUAACAAUAGAAGAUCAGAUUGCCCUGCUGAAGGGGGCAACAUUUGAGCUGUGCCAGAUCCGCUUUAAUACAGUGUUCAACAAGACUACAGGAAUUUGGGAAUGUGGGCAUCUGACAUAUAGCAUGGAUGAUGCUGCAGGUGCUGGAUUUCAACGUAUACUUCUUGACCCUUUGUUAAAAUUUCACUACAUGCUGAGGGAUUUGGAGUUACACGAUGAAGAGUAUGUACUCAUGCAAGCCAUCUCACUGUUCUCCCCAGACAGGCCUGGUGUUACUGAGCAUCAAAUGGUUGACAAGAUUCAGGAAGAACUUGCCAUAAUUCUGAAAAUGUACGUUGACACUAAGCAUACCACACCAGCAAAAAAGUUUUUAUUUCCAAGGAUAAUGUGGAUUCUGACAGAGCUUCGGACCAUGAAUGCAGAGUAUACUAAACAGGUACUUCAGAUCCAGGACAUCCAACCUGAUGUAACACCCCUCAUGAUGGAACUCUUUAGUAUGCCUGGGGAGUAAGGAACCAGUUGUGAACUUUGUUUGGCUGAAUGAGUAUUUCAGUCUGGAUGUUGCUUUGCACUGAUAUGCACCAAAAUUCUCCUCUGCUGAUUCAAACUUAUUAGAACUGGUCCCACUGAAGUGCAUACAACCAGUGGCAUAUGUCAGUGGGCAGUACCUAUUCCUGUGGUAAUAAACAAAACUGUUCAACAAAGAAGCUCAAGUAUUGACAAAUGCUGCUGUCACUCAGGAUAGAAAAACUUAUUUCAGACAAUCAAUUUUGUUUGGAAGUCUCAGGUCAGCCUCUGCAGUGGUGAACAAAGUAUUUGUUCUGGACAUCUUAUGCAUUGUUUUCUUCAGUUAUAUUUAAAAACUGUCAUUUAAAAAAAACUAUGUGUGUG